AUGAAAGGAGAAGUCCUCUGUCUCGGCCAAGGAAAAAAGCUCGGUGUGGUUAGCAGGAUUAGAUGUACAAUGUCUCGAGAUGGAUAUCUGUCUGCAUCUAAAAGGGAAACAGACAGUGGAGAGAACAGUGCUGGCAGCAGCUACCUCCUCCCCGCCUCCCUCUCACUCUGGACACCAUCGCGUCGCUUGAAAACGUUGUUUCUUGCUCCAGAAACAGUCGCCUCCCAGCUCGACCUUCUCCUCAGGGACAGGAGCCACAAUCCACCGCGAAUCGCGAGCGUCAGCGAAAAAACUACGACCGGACUAGAUUUCUUUCAAACAGCAGAUACAGAUUCGCCUCACUUUUCUUUUGACAAUCAAACUUCCUCAACCCCCGCAGAGUCGCAACUGUGUUCUCUCUCUUUCUCGUUCUUUUUCUUUUCUCGCUUUCUCGUUCUGUUUCGCGCGCUGUCGUUUCUUUUCUCUUUUUUUCGGUUGCGUCGGUGUGAUGCUUCUGCGUGUGUUUCUCUCCACGGCGAUCUUCUUUUCUCUAUGUGUCUCGGUGAAAAACAUCUUUUUCUGGGCCUUCUCGGCGCGUUUGCUUGCAACCGGCAAAGCGACCUCCCUUUUUUACCUGUUUGA